AUGAAGCUGCUUUUGCUACUGUUUGUAACUGCCCUUGCCAUGGCGCAUGCUAUGCCAUGCCAUAUUGUACCAUCAUUAAAGACCCACAAACAUGAUGUACUCAAGGAUUUACCCGGUAAGAAACCAGAACCACAAGGUGAUUGCAAAGAUAAGCCGCCAGAAGAUAAACCAAAAGGUGGCAACCCAAAAAACGAUGAAACAAAAAACGAUAAACCAUGCGAUAAUUCAAAAAAUGACAAACCAGAAGACGACAAAUCUAAAGACCAUAAUCCAGAAGACGAUGAAUCUAAAGAUGGUAAACCUCAAGACAAUAAGCCUAAAGAUGGCUGCAAAGAUAAGGAUAACAAAGGAAAUGAUAAAUCCAAAGCUGACAAACCAAAAGACGAUGAAUCUAAAGACCAUAAAACAAAAGACGAUAAAAAGAAAAGCGAAAAACCAACAGUUGACUGCAAAGAUAAAAACAACAAACCAACUGGUAUACAAAAAGAUACCAAA